UUGACGAGGAAACGCAGGAUACAAACAUUUUCGACGAGCAUCGAACACUCUCUGGUGAGAUUCUCAGACAUGUCGACAGGAACACAGGGUGUGGCUAGGCUUAAUGUAUAUGCUAUUCUGUUCUCCUCUUCAGCACGGCAGAGGAAGACGACAACAUCUACGAUGCGCUCGUCAGGAGAAAUGAGUAGAAGUACAAUAUACUUUGCUAACACACUUUACAAAGCUGCCAUCUAA